AUGCGUCUCCAUUUACUGGUUCUGCUGCUUGCUGUCGCAUCCUCAACGAGUGUCGAGUAUGUGGAGGCAAGCGCUGAUUCCACUAACCUCCAGACCAACAAUGUGCGCGCGGGGCGGAAUUUGAGACAGCAACCUACAGCAACUCAGGGUGACGACGAGGAUCGAGCGUUUAAUACUGCUUUGGUUACGGAGGGUGUCACGAAUUGGCUCAAGGCGUCGAAAGUUACGUGGACGGACGAUCAGCUUAAGGCGUUGGUGACGAAAGGAACCUCCGCAGACGACGCCUUGAAGCUGCUCCAGCUCGAUGACGGACUGGAAAAGCUUCUCAGCAGGAAGAACCUCGAUACGUGGAAGACGUUCGUCAAUAAGCUCAACCAGCAGAACCCCGAGAACCAAGUGACCAUGAUGAGCGCCAUUAUCAACAAAUAUGGAGAAGAACAGGUGGCCAGGAUGAUCGCUGUCGCUAAGAGCAAGGUGUUCACGGAGAGUGUCGCCACUGACUUGCAGAAAGCACUGUUCCAGCACUGGGUCCGCGAGAAAAGGCGUGAUCGUUAUGUGUGGGAAAAGCUGGGUGUUAUGUGGAAAAGUGGGGAAAAGGACCCUUUCUGGAAUAUGUGGUGGGCGUACGUCAACGAGUAUGCCAAGGGCGUCAGCAAGGGGAAACUACUGUAUUAA